CAGAACCCACAGAAUCAGUUCGAUUUUAGUUGUGCAAAUCAGAGCUGAACAUGGCGGAAAACGAGAAGAAGACUGAUGAUCGACAGGAACAAGAAGAAGAAGAAGAAGAAGAAGAGGAGAUGGAGAAGAUAGAGAAGUUCUAUUCCCUCAUCAGACACUUUCGCGAGGCUCGGAAUCGUCUGAUCGGAUUACGAAAGACACGGCCAAACCAUGAGGUCAGCGAUGAAGUGGAGCCGGAGAAGAUGAAAACCAGCAAGAAAAGGAAGAAAACGGGCGAUGUUGAGCGUGAUCAUGAACGGAGAUUGAGUACUUGGGUGCCAUCAUUUGAAUGCGAGGAUUUCACCAACAAAGAGGUUGAGUAUCCAGGAACUUGUCUAAGCUUCCCUGCUCUUCCUUGUAACACUAGUGCUAACACUAGCAAUAAUGGUAAACAAAAAGUAGAUGAUGAUGAUGCUUCAGAGUGUCUGGACCUUCGACUUGCCCUGUAAAUAGCUAAUAGCUAUUAGCCAGCUACUGUACUAGCUAGCUUUCUGGGUUCUUAGUUUUGUUUCUUUUCUCAGAAGCGUAUGCAAUAAUUGAUGCACGUAAAGUAACCCAUUCUUGUAAUCAUAAUUUCAUGUUCUUAGUUUGUGUUUUCAA